GCCUCUAGCCUCCCCUCAGUCUCAGCCUCCAGCUCAGGGUGGUGCUGGCGGGCGUUGGCUGGGCAGCAGGCUCUGGCUGUCCCCAGGCUCGUGGCAGCGGCGCCUUGCCCUCCUGCCUCUCCAGCUUUAGUGACCGCAUCGGAGGCACUGUGAUCAAGCUGAGCAGCCCCCCCCCCCCGCCCCCCGCCCCAGGACCGAGGAAGCUUCGCAGAAAACAUCGACAGGGGAGGUAUCAUUGGAGUCAUCUAACCUCGAAUUGCCUUUGCUUCAUACAAAGGGACAACAUAGAGAAACAAAAUGGAAGCUAUGCUAUUUUGCUGGAUAUUUUUCACCCUUGGGUGGACCCUCAUUGAUGGAUCUGAAAUGGAACACGAUUUUAUGUGGCACUUGAGAAAAAUACCCCGGGUUGUUGAUGAAAGGACCUUCCAUCUCACGAGCCCCACCUUUGAGGCAGAUGCUAAGAUGGCAUUAAAUGGGGUGUGUGGCAUUGAAUGCCAGAAAGAACUCCCCAGCCCCAGCCUUUCUGACCUGGAAGACUCUCUUUCCUAUGAGACUGUCUUUGAGAAUGGCACCCGAACCCUGACCAGAGUCAAAGUUCAAGGUUGGGUCCCUGAGCCAACUCAAAAUCUCACCAACCAAGGUGUGCCUAUCAGGAGAAAGAGACAGGUGUAUGGCACAGACAGCAGGUUCAGCAUCUUGGACAAAAGAUUCUUGACCAAUUUCCCUUUCAACACAGCCGUGAAACUGUCCACCGGCUGCAGUGGCGUGCUCAUCUCCCCCAAUCAUGUCCUAACCGCUGCCCACUGUGUCCACGAUGGGAAGGACUACAUCAAAGGGACUAAAAAGCUGAGGGUAGGGCUGCUGAAGAUGAGAAAUAAAGGUGGUGGCAAGAAACGUCGUAGGGGUUCCAGGAGGAGCAGGAGGGAAGUGAGUGGUGAUGAUGGAGGGAAGGAAAGCAAAGAAAAUCUGAAGGAGAGCGCUAAGGCUGGAAGAAGGAGAAAUAAAUCUGCUCGGGGUCAGAGAACUGCUGCAGGGGAGCCCUCCUUCCAGUGGACCCGGGUCAAGCACACCCACAUUCCCAAAGGUUGGGUCAGAGGAGAGAGCGGAGACGCAGCCCUGGACUACGACUACGCCCUUCUGGAGCUGAAGCGUGCUCACAAGAAGAAAUACAUGGAGCUGGGAAUCAGUCCCACCAUCAAGAAGCUGCCCAGUGGAAUGAUCCACUUCUCGGGCUUCGAUCACGACAGGGCCGAUCAGUUAGUCUACCGGUUUUGCAGCGUGUCCGAUGAAUCCAGUGAUCUCCUCUAUCAAUACUGCGACGCCGAGUCGGGCUCCACCGGCUCCGGGGUUUAUCUGCGCCUGAAGGAGCCAGGCAAAAAGAGUUGGAAACGCAAAAUCAUUGCGGUCUAUUCAGGCCACCAGUGGGUGGAUGUGCAUGGCGUUGAGAAGGACUACAAUGUGGCAGUGCGCAUCACGCCGCUCAAGUACGCGCAGAUCUGCCUCUGGAUGCACGGGGACGAUGCCAAUUGUACCUACGGCUAAGGGUUCCCUGAAAUGAGGCCAUAGGUUAUAGGCAUUGGAGAGAAAACCAGUUCUGAUGAUUGCAGCAAGAUCACUUCAUAGUUUAUGCCUAGACUCGAAGCCUAAGGAUAGUGUUUCAACAUGUUUAUGUUUACUUUUUCCAAAUGAGGAGCUUCUCAUGCAUUUCAGAAAGGUUUAGGUACACAUAUGAAACCUUGAUGGGCACUUCAGUGCCAAGCAUAUAUUCUCUUUCCUUGGUGAUACGUUUCAUUUAUGGGGAAAAGAAUUUUUUUCUGCCUUCUUGAAAUUAGACAUGCUUUAAAACUUCAAGCUGGUAUUAUUAAUAAGGUGUGAUUUCUCAAUAGACUGUCAGGGUCCUACUCUAAGUAGAGGCUAAUAAUAGGGUGCCGGUUGCAUAUUAAAUGUGAAACUGAAUAUGAAGAGGUGGACAGUAACACCAGUGGAAUCAAGUUUGAGACAGUAAUUUAUACCACAGUUCAUACUGCUCUGAGAUAGACCCAUUCAGCUCAUGCCCUCUGAGUUCACAGUGUGUUUUCCAUUGAGUCUGAGAAAUUUUAGGUUUGUUUUGUUAAGAACAACAAGGAAUUUGGGAAUUCCCUGGUGG